UCCAUCGCUCGGUUGCCUCACACUCAAAUUCCCGACCACAGACCAAUUGAACACAGGACAACGCCGUAUUGCCCCGUUCGCCACACAACUUUUACAUCUGGAAGAAGAACAAGUUCAACAAUCUGAGGUGGUCGUCGAGGUUGAACUCUGCCCGCCUGGAUUCUGGGCUGCUUGCAGAGCCAGUGUUGUCACAAUGAAGGUGCUGUUGCGACCAGACAUCAUCGAAUUCGAUGUUGACAAAGAUGACGGCGGCGAUGCGGUCAACAAAAGUCCAAAAGUCAUUGCUGUGAGCAACCGUGGAGGGUCGGCCUCAGCCUUGCUACAAACGGUCAUGGGCGGCUCAGCGACGCUUUCGCUCGACAUGGUGCCCUCAACAUUCGCUGUGUCGCCGACUCCAACGGCCACGGCCCCAGUGCCCCUAGAAAAGGGCCAAUUGAGCAAGGCGAGCUAUGUUCAGGCAAUGUGGUUCCAGGAUACAAGGAAGCAACCGUCAAGAGAGGAAAUCUCGCGUAGUAUCGAGGCACUGAUUGAUGAAGCACCGGAGCAGGCGGAGGAGCACGAGGAGGGCACACAGCCGGUGUCUCUGCUUGUGGGCGAAAUCAAGGAGAGUGCAAGGCAUGACACUUCAAAUCAGCUCGUGCAUGCAGUGCAGCUUUGCAGCUACCUUGCGCCACGCACACUCGUCAGUGGCCUCGGGAUCCGCUAUCAUCCUUCAGAUUUGAGGGGAAAGCGCUGUGUUGUUGUCACUAACGUCCCUCUGCGGGAUGGACGCGGCAUCCUGAGUGAGGGCAUCAUGCUCUGCGACAGUCAGGGAGCUCUACUGUCUCCGCCUCAUGAUGCCAAGAUUGGAGCGCGCCUCAAGGUCACCGGGAAGAAAUCGGUGCUCAAACAACUCGAGCUCAGCAAUCAAGGAUACGCCGUGUGCACGAGCACACUUGCGAUGGAUGAAUGAUGAAUGUUGUCAAGUUUUGUAAUGUCGUUUAUGUUAUGGCCAUCUCCAGCACAGUCUUUCCUAGCAAGCACAAUCUGAUUCCUGCGUCUUCGAUGUACUUGGAUUGAUCUUGACCUCCGUCACUGCUUGUUAGCUUGGAGAUUGAAGCAAGGAUGAGCAUACUCGGUGCUGGCUCAGCGGCCGUGUCCAUGCCAGGCAAAGCAAGCGCA